AUGCUGACCAGGUUCCUAGGCCCUCGUUAUCGGGAGCUGGCCAAGUACUGGCUACCCACUGUGGGCAUGUGGGGCGCCGUGGGCUCCGUGGGGCUGGUGUGGGCCACUGACUGGAGGCUGAUCCUGGAUUGGGUGCCCUACAUCAAUGGCAAGUUCAAGAAGGACGAUUGA